AUGAACAAGCUGGCACUGAGUCUGGCUCAGAUACCGAGCCAACUGCUGGUGCUGAACCACCCUCUGCUCCUGGACCGUCCUCUGUUCCGGGACCGUCCUCUGCUCCUGGACCGUCCUCUGCUCCGGGACCGUCCUCUGCUUCUGGACCGUCCUCUGCUCCGGGACCGUCCUCUGCUCCGGGACCGCCCUCUGCUCCGGGACCGUCCUCUGCUCCGGGACCGUCCUCUGCUCCGGGACCGCCCUCUGCUCCUGGACCGUCCUCUGCUUCUGGUUCUUCGGUGCAGGCUGGCCGUUCCCCUGCUGCUGCUGCACCUACAGGGUUUGCAGGUCCACAAAGGAAGCGAGGGGAGACCUGCACCCGGGAGCCAACACGCUUGGAGCUGGAGCUGUUGGCCUACCUGCAGCGGACCAGUGCUCCUGCUCCUACUCCCCACAGUGUGGACUCUCUCUGAAGCAUGCGGCGCGGACGGGCCGGCGGAGGAGCACCGCGCACUGCCAACUACUGCGUCUAGCAUGAAUGUGGCCCUGUACGUGGUGACCCUGGCUCAGUGCGUGUGUGCCGUGGCGGUGGGACAUGUGGAGGGUCGCAGGACAUGCUCACUCUACUGUCGCGUCGGCAUCGGCUUCCACCUGCAGAUCCACCAGGACGGAAGAGUCAACGGCAGCCACCAGCCCAACCACCUCUGUGUGCUGGAGCUGUUCUCCGUGUCUCAGGGCGUCAUCGGCAUCAGAGGCGUCCACAGUAACCUCUUCCUCUCCAUGAACCACCGAGGACGGCUGCACGCCACGGAGCGCUUCACGGACGACUGCAAGUUCCGCGAGCGCUUCCAGGAGAACAGCUACAACACGUACGCCUCGGUGGCCCACAUGAACCAGCACACAGGCCGACAGUGGUAUGUGGCCCUCAACAAGCGCGGCAAAGCAAAGAUGGGCUCCAGUCCCAGGGUCAAGUCCCAGCAUGUGUCCACUCACUUCCUGCCCCGGGGCGGACUGCGCGCACAAGACGGCCUGGCCUUCACCAUCGCAGACAAGCCGUCAGAGAGCAGGACAAAAUGGCAGCUGAACCGGCCGGCGAAAGAGGCCGCAGCGAGCGUGAAUGUGCCCGCCAAAAGGACGGUCAAGUAUUGGCCCAAGUAUCGUUUUGGAUAG